CUUCCGUAGGGACGCUAAAAACAUGGCUGCUCACAUGCGCUAACGUGAAAGUGAGCUGGAAACACACACCGACGAGGAAACAGUCACCAUACAACCCCCCGCUUCGACUUUAAACUAAAACUCGCUGACAAAUUUAGGAAAGCAGUGUCCGCCACGAGGGAGGCGCCACCGACCGUGUACCUCUAUGCUGGUGCGGACAGCUCGCCUGUUUCCCCGUCAUCAUCUCCGUCAUCUGCACCUUCCCUGCACCCUUUCUGCCAGACAGACUCUUCUGUGGAGAUUCGGCAGUGCUGCUGCUGCUGCUGCUGCUGCCAGCAGAGGACUGACAUCCAUGGAGCUCCUGAAAACUGCCCCAGAGGUUCCCGCCAGCAAGCCUCCUCAAACACCUGCCGCAGAAGAUUCGAGCCUGGCACCAACGGACGCAGACAAGGAGCAGACGCCUUCUGUGGGACUGUUGCCCGGGGAGACGGUGGUCAAAGAGGGCAAGGCGUCCAUCUUGUUUCCCAGUGCUAAUGAGGUGUUUUACAACCCAGUCCAGGAGUUUAACAGAGAUCUGACAUGUGCUGUGAUCACAGAGUUUGCCAGAGAUCUGCUGGCUCAGCGUGGGGUGAAGGUGCUGGUGCCAGGAGAGAAGGAGCGGAUGGUGGUCUCUCUGUCAGAGGAGACGAAUGAGGCCGAUGCACAGACGGAGGAGAAAAAUGGAGCAGAGGAGCCAGCUGUUACUGCAACAGUGGGGGAGAAAUGUGAGUCUGGUCUGCGCGUGCUGGAAGGUCUGGCGGCGUCCGGUUUGCGCUCGGUGCGUUUCGCGCUGGAAGUCCCGGGCCUACAGAGCGUCACCGCCAACGACUUCUCCACCAAGGCCGCGGCGCUGAUCGCCAGGAACGCCCAGUACAACGGAGUGAGCCACCUGCUCCAGGCCAGCUGCAGGGACGCCAGUAUGCUGAUGUAUGAGAUGCGAGGGAAGAAGGAGCGUUAUGAUGUAAUCGAUCUGGAUCCCUACGGGAGCCCUGCUUCCUUCUUGGAUGCCGCUGUGCAGGCUGUCAGUGAGGGAGGUCUGUUGUGUGUAACGUGUACAGACAUGGCGGUGAUGGCAGGAAACAGCGGGGAGACCUGCUACAGCAAAUACGGUUCAGUCUCAAUCAAAGCUAAAUACUGCCAUGAGAUGGCUCUCCGUAUCAUCCUCCACAGUUUGGACCAGAGGGCCGGCGUGUACCAGCGAUACAUCCAGCCCCUGCUGUCCGUCAGCGUCGACUUCUACAUCAGGGUCUUUGUACGAGUCUUCACAGGACAGGUCAAAGUCAAAAAUUCAGCCAGUAAACAGGCUCUGGUGUACAACUGCGUCGGCUGCGGGUCUUUUUACUUACAGAGAAUGGGCAGGAGAACAAGCAACGGGAAACAUAUGAAAUAUUCUGCUGCCACCGGACCUCCAGUUGGACCAGAGUGUGAGCACUGUGGACAGAGACAUCAGCUCGGGGGUCCGAUCUGGGCGGAGCCCAUCCACGACAUGGCAUUUGUCCAGAAGGUUUUGUCUGCCGUGUCGGGGAACCCGUCCAGAUUUGGGACGUCUAAACGCAUUGAGGGCAUGCUCAGCAUGGUGACGGAGGAGUUGGAAGAUGUGCCUCUUUAUUACACUGUGGACAGUCUGAGCAGCACGAUACACUGCAAUACUCCACCCCUGCUUCAGUUUAGGUCUGCUCUCCUCCAUGCUGGUCACAGGGUUUCCCUCUCUCACGCCUGUAAGAACGCCAUCAAGACAGACGCUCCUCCUGCAGCCCUCUGGGACAUCAUGAGAUGCUGGGAGAAGGCCAAUCCUGUGAAGAGGGAGAAGCUGUCAGAGACGAGCCCCGCCUUCAAGAUCCUCUCCACUGAGCCCAGCUCAGAAGCCUGCUUCACUGUGAGGGAGGACGCCAACCCUCAGUCCCGUAAACGCCACCUGACCCGCUUCCAGGAGAACCCGCAGGCCUUCUGGGGACCCAAAGCUCGAGCCAAAGCCGGUGGCGGUAUCGCCGCUGACCUGCAGGACAAGAGGAAGAAGUGCCAGAACAAGAGAAAAAACCACAUCACAGACUCCUCUGAGCUCAAGAACUUUCCCUGCAAGAGGUUCAGACAGGGAACAUGCACACACGGAGAAAAAUGCUGCUACUCCCACGACCCGGAGCCGACCAACGAAGAGAAAAUGGAAUGACUCUCUUAAGUUAAUUUUACGGUUUUUAAAAAAAAUAAAUUUAUUUCUGCAGUUUGCAUGGCCCAGUGCAGCCUGGAUGAAGUGUGUGUGAUGAACUACAAUCAGACUGUAUUUGGAAAGAGACUAAAAAGCUAAAUACUGUCAUCACACAAAACAUGUUUUAUUCAGUUGUAAUGCUGGAGCUUUUUUGUUUUAGGAUGUUUUGUUAUUUGACUGUUUCAGUCCAAUAAAGUCCUCACGCUGACUAUAA